GCUCCGGCCUUGGGUCCUACGCGCCACAGCAUGGCUUCGGCUUUGGAGGAGUUGCAGAAAGACCUAGAAGAGGUCAAAGUAUUGCUGGAAAAGUCCACUAGGAAAAGACUGCGUGAUGGUCUUACAAGUGAAAAAUCCAAGAUUGAGACAGAACUCAAGAACAAGAUGCAACAGAAGUCGCAGAAGAAACCAGACCUUGAUACUGAAAAGCCAGCUGCUGUGGUUGCUCCUCUUACAACAGGAUGCACUGUGAAAAUCAGUAAUUAUGGAUGGGAUCAGUCAGAUAAGUUUGUGAAAAUCUAUAUUACCUUAACUAGAGUUCAUCAGGUUCCCACUAAGAAUGUGCAGGUACAUUUCACAGAGAGGUCAUUUGAUCUUUUGGUAAAAAACCUCAAUGGCAAGAAUUACUCCAUGAUUGUGAACAAUCUUUUGAAACCUAUCUCUGUGGAAAGCAGUUCAAAAAAAGUCAAGACUGACACAGUUAUUAUUCUAUGUAGAAAGAAAUCGGAAAACACACGAUGGGACUACUUAACUCAGGUGGAAGAAGAAUGCAAAGAGAAAGAAAAACCUUCCUAUGACACUGAGGCAGAUCCUAGUGAGGGAUUAAUGAACGUUCUAAAGAAAAUUUAUGAAGACGGAGACGAUGACAUGAAGCGAACCAUUAAUAAAGCGUGGGUGGAGUCCAGAGAGAAGCAAGCCAGAGAAGACACAGAAUUUUGAGGCUUUUAAAAGUUCUUUUGGGAA